AGCAUGGCGGACGUUUGGGUCGGAAGCGAAACAGGACUUUUAAAAGGUAUAUAUGUGUUAAAAAGAUAUAGUUUUUUUUCGUGGAAAAUUUUAAUUACUGACUGGUACUAUUAAAAGAUAUAUGUGAUUUGAAGGCGAGGUAAACUGCUCGAAUUUUCUAGGGGUUGACCUGAAAAAGGGUUCCUUUACAAACUACGGUGUCACAGAAAAAGUGGACAGAAGCCAUGCAAUAUGUUCCAUGCACUGGGUUGAUGAGGAUGAGAAUCAGGUAUAAAGGAAAUUUUACAUAUUUUAUCUCGAGUGAAAGUUAGGUUUAGGGUUAACCCCUUGAAUCAAGUUUGGACUGUCCAACAUAUUGGGCUGCCCCCGGUUAAGGUUCCUACCCCUGAAGAUUAAAUAGAUUGCAUUCACCCCUGAAGACUUCCAUAGAAUGUUGGUGUACCCCUGAAGAAUUUCGUGAAAAUGAAAGCGCCCUGAUGAGUUCCAUGUUUUCUCAACCGAGGUGGGGGUUAAAAGCAGUAGCCCAUUAUAUAUAUUCGAUUCACCUUAAUCAAGGGCUGCAUUAGCCCUACAUAUAUUAUAACUCUGAUGGUAAUUUGCUAAUAAAGGAUUGAGUGGCCUUAGUUAAGUUCAAAAGGAUUUCUAUCAAGUGACUGUUAAGGAAAAAUCUUUUAGAUAGGUGUUGCUUGUGUUGGAUACAACGAUUGAACUUUUUGUUUGUUAUUGCUCCUUUCCUGUAUAACAAGACACUUAAUACUCUCUUGGACAGUAGUUUAUAUUACUUUCCCUUGAAUCUAGCCUAAGAAAACAGCUGACAUUUCACAACGCCACCACUGUAUUUUGCGAAGAAACCAGUCCUGGUAUCUUGGAAUGUCAGCUGUUUGCUGAGGCUACCUUAAAUCAAGCUUGCUAUGAAGUGAUACUAAUAAAGUAAUAAUAAUAAAGUCUUUAUUCAUCAAGAGAUAAAAAUACAUAUCUUUUGUUACAAGUAAGUGUAAGAAAUUUAAAAAGUUAAAAAGUAAGAAUUAAAAAAUUUAUACCGGUAUAUAUAUCUAGUAUAUUACAUAGCUAAUUCAUACUUAAAAACUAAAUGAUUACCAGACAUAAAGAGGUCUGUUUUCACUGGUCCAUAUUUAUGAGCAACUUGGUCAUUUCCCAGAACAAGAAAGACAUGGCUGUAUUAUAAUGGUGCCUGGGAACUUCAGGUUACUAACUUCUGCCUUUGGUUAAUGUCAAAAGCCUAUCUUGUAUCUAGGACUUAACUGCCUCACCCCAGGAUUUCACAGCACUCUCUCUAAUUUUUCUGGGAGGACGGCCUUGCUAGUGUUAGACAAAAAUUGUUAGCUUUUCAAACCUGUCAAACGGACCUUAAAAACCUUAAAAUGUGUCCCUUGACUAAACAUUGGUAGAAAGGAAGAGCACUUGAAAAAAAUGGGCCCAACAUGUUUUAUUAAUAAAUGAUGAUAAUCAUUAAUAUAAUUAUUGUUUUGUAGAUUUUAUUGGGAUUGGAAAAUGGUAUUGUGAAGACCUUUGAUGUCAGUAAAGGUGAAUUUGUUGCAGAAAAAAGCUUCCCUAUAAAUGACAAAAAGUUGAAAGGACUCUUUAAAUGGGAAAAGUAAGUUUAUCAAGGAAAAAGUGAUAACUCUAAAGUUUUUGUGGUAGAUAUCUGAUCUAAACCAGAAAUACAAUCAGUGACAAAAUUACGUAGUGUCUAUUUGACUGAAAUACUUUGUUCAAGGCAGCCAGCAUUUUCCAUGUUUUAUUCCUUGACCAAAACAAAGCGUUGUUCUCCAAAAUAAUUCUCCAUUUUGUGUAAGUGUCUUAACCAUUUUGUUGUAAAUUGUCGGAGAUAUUGUGCAUUGUUUUCAUGUGGUGGCCUUUCAGGAGUCUCUUUCCUCCGCAACACACAAGAUUUUGUCAGCCUGUUACUAUCUAAGUGUAGAAGUUUCUCGUAAUUCGUAUUUCGUAGCCAGUCAGUACAAACCCUUCCUCAAUCUGUUGCAAUAAUUAUGCUGGUAUCUAGAAUCGUUCUAGAAGCGCCAAGACCCAUUGAUGGUGCAACACUUUUUAAGUGGAGGAGGCUCCAAUUCUCCUCUCUCUCCCCUUCCAUCAAUGUUACUUUUGUUUUGAGACACACUUAUCUGCAGCUGAGAUAAUACAUUAUUGCUGCCAUUCUGUUAAUCACACAAGGUCUGAUUUCCUCUUUGCAGUUCAUUUGUGACAUGUGUAGAGUCAGGCUUACUUCAAAUAUGGCGAGACAAUGACAAUCUGGUAAGUAUUUUAACAAUGCUCUGCAUGCCAUAAAUUUGCUGCUUACUAAGUCAUGACCAAAAAAAAAAACAAAUCACGUUUUUCCUUUGGCUCCAAAGUACUAAUAAUUUGUCCCCCCGGAAUUUGUCUCCUGAUUUGGUCAGGAGCCAAUUACCCUACUCCUGAUUUGGUACAUGACCUUUAGUUGCAAAGAGUUCAGACCAGAACAACAUAUAUUUACCUUAUCAAUAUCUUGUGAUUGAAACCCAAAAAUAUCUUGCAUCCUAAUACCCUGGCUCUAGAGGUCAGUUCUUGAAAUUCCUAGGGUGAAAUAAACCUUGCUAACAGUUUGAUAAAGCUCCUCAGAUGGACCUUUACUUUUCUUUCUUUCAGCAGUUUGCACCUUGCUAUGGUAGCUUCGCUGCAAACUAUAAGGAAUCAGAUAAGAAAAAAGUAACCUCUGGAACACAGGGCAACAUUCUACUUGUGGAGAAUUAGGAUCUUUUACACUAUUGUAAAACUCAAUGCAAUAAAAAUUGUUUUGUUGUUGUUUUACUUUACUGGAAAAACAGUUUUUUUAAUCCUCUUUUCAGACAGAUGUUAGAGUUGGUGCCAAUGUGUCUACAGUUCAUCAGAAUCCUUUGUGUCCUUUUCAAAUAGGAACAGGUGGCCAAAAAAAUGAUUUGAAACUGUGGGACCUUAGCAGGCCUGAGGAAGCAGUUUUCAAAGCCAAGAAUGUAAUUUGAAUUAAUUGAUUUUUUAAGUUUUUCUUUUUUUAAGUUUCGAUUUUUAAAAGAAGACUAGUGAGCUGCACAACGGAUGAUGUCUUGUAUUUGUAAGCUUUUUCGUUUAUCUCCGACACGUUUCGGGUCCAACUGACACUUCUUCAGGGAAUUAAUGAAUACAUCUAACAAAGAACGGCAUAUAUUUACACAUUAACGUGCAUAAGGUUAACUUCCUAUAGAAGUGAAUAAUAGCUGAACUAUGCUGUAAACAAACAUUACAAGAAACGCCUUCAUACAUAGUUAUUGCGUGUUGUUAUAUUUUGGGGGCCAAAAAAGGGCUAAACGAGUUUGAGCAGAACAGUUUAUGAUAUUUAGACUGCACUUGAAAAAUCUCAAUAACUUCUGAUCUCCCCAACAGGUGCCAAAUGAUUUCCUCGACCUUCAAGUUCCAGUCUGGGUAACUGAUAUAGGAUUUUUGCCUGGUCAAGGGUUGUCAUCCAGAAUUGCGGUUGGUACGGCGUAUCAUCAGAUUCGGCUGUACGACACCAAAACACAGCGGCGACCAGUUUUGAGCUUUGACUUUGAUGAGCACCCAGUCUCUGCACUGGCGGUUACUGAUAACGAAAAGUAAGAUAACAAGAAAAAAUGUUACAUGUACUAUGGUGCAGUUUAUAGUUGUGUCUGAAGGUUAUUUCAUGAUUGCUUUAGCUUUGCACUGAAACGCUUUUCGAUUUAAUAGCGGAAAAUUUCCCACCACUGGCUUCAACCAAAAGCAAAUCCCACCGUUCGCCCGUUUUCUCCUGCUUUUCAACGGCACUUUUUGAUUGGAUCAUUUGACUUUCUGUGCGUGAUGUGAUUGGCCGAAAUACCAACCAUCCUUUUAAGAACUGACAAAACAACGCUUUUGAUAAUUUAGAACAGUAGGGCCGUUUAUACGAGGAAAAAUAAGACGUGUCUUACAUAAGACGCGAACUGUACCAUUUAUACGAGUAUGUCUUAUCUAAGACGAGAACAGCUCGUGUAAAUGGUUCACGUCUUAUUUCUGUUCUUGACUCGUUUUCAUGUGAAUGUUGCCGUAGCAACGGCAAUCCAACGUGGCGGGCCAAAAAUUAACGCAUGCGUACUAUGCGUUCGCGUCUUAUGUAAGACGCGAAGGUCAUUUAUACGACGUUUUUCUCGUCUUAGCUAAGAUGCGUCUUAUCUAAGAACAGGUGUUAAGGGCUGUUCUAAAAUAAGCCGCGUCUUAUUUUAGACGAAAUGUGCCGUUUAUACGGAAAGUUCGCGUCUUAUUCAAGACGCGUCCUAUGUAAGACGCGUCUUAUUUUUCCUCUUAUAAAUGGCCCUAGUGAUGAACAUCCGUCGAAGACAAGAGCAAAAGCGUCCCGAAAAAAGUACGGAGGAAGGACAAGCAGAGAAUACGAUUUGGUGACCGCCAGCUUACAGCCAUGUAAAUACUGGUCUUAUCCAGCUAUUUUGUCGUUGUUUAUUCGAUACCGUACAAUAAUAAAAGACCCUUGACUCUCUACACAGUAAGGCAAACUGUUGUUUUAAGACCCACAUAUAGUGCUGAUCCCAGCGGUGUCGGUGUUAGAGAGAGUCGAUUGUAUUCAUUUAUUUAUUUCUGACGUACUGUAUUUUCUUAUUUAGCAUUGUCAUUGUGGGAAAUACCGUUGGAACAAUGGGUAGGAUAGACUUGCGAAAGGGUAAGAGCAAUGCAGUGGUCAGUAAUUAUCACUAAUCUUUUAUCUUUCUCCACUUGUAAUUGGCUUAAAUCUCAUGUCUACUUCCUCAUGACCAGCUAGCGUUAACUAUAUUUGGAAUGAUGUUUGCCCAUAUGAACAGGAUUGACGCCAAUCUUCUUGAUAUCGGCAGGAAAAAGGGACGCAAGGAAGGGUAGCUGGGCUAUUUUUGGCAGUGUAGAGCUGAAGAAAAUAGCGGAGGAUUUUUUUUUUUGUUUUUGUAUUAUAAUAAAUUUUUAUUUUGUUUUACAAAAGGUUCGUGUAUUGCAUAUAUUUUAAAAAAUGAUAAUUAUGAGGAUUUCACACAUUAAGUAUGCUUUUAAGACGAAAUGGGCUAACAGGCUCCUCAAAAACAUUUCUAGAGUAUGUACGUUUCUGUUUUUAGCGGAGCUCUCGUGCGCGAAGUGCGCGCAGCCGAGCACCAUGGGUAAGAAAAUGCGGUAAACUACUCAUCCGAGAAAAUUUGGUAAUCAAGUGACCGUACACCGACCGACCGACCGACCGCCCGACUGUUUGUCCAUCAGGCAUACCAAUGUAAAAUAACCCAGUCAACAGGUAUGGCAACCCAAAUGCAACUCGAGGUUAUUUUGACGGGAAAUCGCAUAGCCACGCGCGUGUUGUAAAGCAGAAACAACUAAAGAGUCAAUGAAGACGAAAACGGAAAGUGGAAAUUGUCUCUGUAUCCGUGUUUUCUAAAAUAUUAAGCUUAGAUUAAUUGUCAUGUCCACAAAUUGGAAUAUAGAGCAAGAGAAAGACAGAGAAAAAGAGAAAGUAGGUGGCAGGCCAGCGAAGCUCAAAGAGAAAAAAGACGACAGAGAUCUAGAGCGAGAGAUAAAAAACAAAGGAGACAUUUUUUUGUUGGAAGAACAACAUGAAAAUUUUGUAGCAGCUGUGACAAAAUGAGAAAUGCUAGCGGCCACCAAUGCAAGGUGAAAAUGAGCGGCAGUAAAAAAAAGUGAAGGAGAAAACGUACGACAUUUCCUCCAUAAAACGUGUAACUAAGGGCCUGUUUACAUGGAGGUGGGGGACCCCAGGUAGGUGAGGUAACCCGCUUAGGUGAGGUAAAAAAAUAACCCUCCUUUACAUGCAAUCUUACAACCCCGCCUUCCCGGGGUGCACUUUCUCAAGAUUAUUGAACGGUCGCUAAGCAAGAAAAAUGCUGGCAAACCACGAGUUUUGGCGAUUAAUGCACUUCUUCACUCACUUGUUGCUCUUGCUGCAACCCGUCAGUGCAAUAGCUUUCUAUUGUUAACUUUACUCAUAAUGCAAAGACACCGCGAAAGUGAAUUUUGCGCGAAUUUGAUGUAUCACGAAUCCGACCCCGGCCAGGCGGGUUACCCCACCUUGAAACGUUUACAUGACAAAUAGUGACCCCGGCUGAGAGGGUAACCCGGUCUGGUAGACCGGGCUACCCGCCUUGGCGGGUCACCCCACCUAUCAUGUAAACGUGAUCAAAUGAAAAUGAGAGAUUAUAUGGACAGGCGGGUUACCCCACCUAAGCGGGUUACCUCACCUACCUGGGGUCCCCCACCUCCAUGUAAACAGGCCUUAAGUCUAAGAAGUUUCUGGAAGUUUCACGUUGUGGUCGUGCAAAACAACGAACGGCAAAGAAAUGUACGAAAAAAGUGUGCUGCACGUGCAAAGUUGCUUUUUUGCUAAUUAGACCUAUUGUUGUUUUUCACCGUUCUCCGCGUUGCCUUCGCCGCUUAGCAUUACACGAUUUUAUAUUUUGUUUGAACAAACUAUAAACAUUAUCGAGAGCUUCGCUUUUAGCCCAGGCUAAAUCUAUAUAUUAAUUUAACUCCCUUUCUUUUAGGUCAGCUUCAAGGUCAUUAUAAAGGAUUUGCUGGUGGGAUUCGCUGCAUUUCCUGUCUCAGUAAGCAGCAGAUGGUUGCAUCGUGUGGACUGGACAAGUUUCUUAGAAUACAUCAUCUCCAUAGCAGGAAACUUCUUCAUAAGGUACUCUUAAAACUGUACAUAGAAAACCCAUCGUAUGAGGCCGUUAUGCGAAGGCCAAGAAUAGGUAACAACUUUGACAAAAAAAAGUCUUGCCAUCUGCCGCAGUUGUCUUUACCACGGUGAAUGAAAUUAGUCGUUGAAAGUUCUAGUAAAACAGCGGAAACACAGGAACAAAAUUUGCCGAAAAGGUGUUGUUGAAAUGGGCUUCAAAUACCCUAUAGCAUUUCGCAUGAUAGUUUUUUCAAACUGCUUAAAGUGAAGUUGAGCUGAAAUGAUUCACCGUUAUAUGGCCACUUGGUAUAAUUACAAUAAGUGGCAUGAGGCAAUCCAGGUGACCGUUUACAAGCGUGGCCGAUGUCUUGACGUCGGGACAAGGGAGAAAAAAAUCCAGUCAGUGGUCUCGUACAGUAUGUAACAUCCAGCGUUUUCGAAUGGAACAUUUGUUUCGCCUAUUCCUCUCAAAUUUGUCUCUGCUUAUUUACAAUUCUAGGUGUAUCUGAAGUCUUCAUUAAACUGCUUACUGCUUUCGGCCGGAGAAAUAGAAAAGGUUUGGUUGAUUAUAGCUAUCUUACACGCAUUUCGUUAUUGAGAAUGAUUCUGAUUCUAUUUGAACUAUUUUAUUUGCUUCCGGGUAACUAUGAUGGGUCGUGUUUGAGCCGGGGUUCCCUGGUUCUUUGGGAAGAGUUAAUCAAACUUUUAAUUUAAUUUUUAAGUCCUUUAUAUAACAUUUUAUAGCUAUUUUUAAUUGCAAUUAAUUAUCACUAUUAUUUCUUUCAAUAUAUUUUUUGAUAUAUGUAGGGCCUCCUUGGAUAACAGUUUUUAUCUUGUACAAAAACUGAAGGAGUUACCCUAUUGAAAUAAAGGUUGCUAUCUAUCUUUCCAACUCGACAUUUUCUAUGCUCGAUGUUGCAGUUACAUUUCUAUAAGAAAUUUAACCGCGUUUUACAGGCCCAUCUUAUGAGUUAACGAUGGUUAAACCAAAUAGUUGUUUGUUGUGUAUGUUACAGAACCUGCGAGGUGCAGAGGUUAAAGGUUCUACAGCUGCCUUAUCAGACAAGUCUCUGAAAAGAACAACAGAUCAGGAAGAACACAGUGAUGAUAAUGAUGAUGAUGAUGUCUGGAAUAAAAUGGACGUUGUUACGUCGAGUGUCAAAAGAAAAGGACUUCAAAAAAGUAAGAAUUAA